AUGGAGAGUCUUCCUGCCAACAUCAGCUCCUCUCCCACCACUGAGCCCCUCUUGCCCCUCCUGACUGCAGGCCCGGCUAACUGCAGCACCUCGGACCAGCGGUGGGGGGCUCCGCAUUUGCACAGGUUAGCCCACCUGGAUGUGCAGCUGUACCAAGACUUCUACGCUGUAUGGGUCUCUCUCAUGGUGUGUAACUGUCUCAUGCUGGUGGUCGGCGUGGUCCUCAACAGUUUGGCUCUCUAUGUCUUCUGUGGGGCCUCCACCCACUCAUCAGCCUCUGUGGUUUACACCAUAAACCUGGCUGUAGCUGACCUGCUGGUGGCGCUGUCACUGCCCGCUCGUAUUGCCCUGUACCACAGUGGAGGGAGCUGUGUGGCUUGCUCCUACGUUCAUACCUUCAGCUACUUUGUCAACAUGUACUGUAGUAUCCUGUUUCUCACCAGUAUCUGUAUAGAUCGGUACCUUGCUGUCGUCCAUGCGUCCAGCACUCUCCAUCGAUGGAGGACCACAGGAGCAGCCAAGUGUGUCAGUGCCACAGUGUGGUUCAUUGCAAUUGUGGUCACCUACUCUUUCCAGACCACAGCGUUGGAGUUUAGCACCUCCUGCGUGCUCCUCCCUGCCCUCUUCUACCUCACUAUCCUGGAGUUCCUCAUCCCCCUGCUCGCUGUGGUGGGCUUCACCCUUCGCGUUGCCUGUUUUCUCUCCUCCAGCCAAGGCCUGAUGCCCCAGCAGAGCAGAGCGAGGAGGGCUCGUGCCAUCAGGCUUUUGGCCACAGUCCUAGUGGUCUUCACUGUUUGUUUCACGCCCUUCCACAUCCGCCAGGUGCUGGUUUACUUCCGGGUCAAAGUUGGAGGGGAGGGGCUGGGCCAGGGGGCGGGCCACGUGCUGGCCUAUCACAUCACAGUGACCUUGAGCAGCCUCAACAGUUGCAUGGAUCCAGUGGUUUACUGCUUUGUGACGGACAGCUUCAAGAGAGUAUGGAGGACCAGGAGGAGGGGAGGCAGGGAGGGGGACGGGGAGGCUGGGCACACAAGUGGGGGAGAAGGGGACAGGAACUCAGUGAAUAAAUGUUCGGGUACGGCGCUGGCGAUAGCUCACAGCGUGGCCACUCUCACUCUUACUAGCACACCCCUCUCUGCAGCCAGCAUGGACCAGUCUGCAUAG